GUACGAUAAAUGUUCUCAUUUCCCACAUCAUAACCAUCAAUAUAUUGAGACUGUCGUCGGUAGUUUUGAAAUUGUUCGGAACACUUUUUUUUUUUAGAAAACCACAGCUAAUAAGACGACAUAAUGUAAUCCUCAGUUUCAAAAAUAUAGAUAUUAUUUUUUUAUUUAUUAAUUAUACAUUUGUUAUUUUUCAGGAGUUUAAAAUUAAAGUGGCGAUUUGAGAUUAACAAAAAAAGAAAUUGGUGGGCCAAAUUUUUUUUUUUUUUUUACAAAAAGGAAAGUCACCCGUCCAGGUAAAAUGCAGAAACUUCCGGCCCAUGGAACUUUGAACCCAGUGGCGGGAGACGGGCCCAGCUAAGCCUAUCCGACUAUAAAGAACCCUCCCAACUUUCCCACGACACUCCCAACUUUUUAUUCCAAUUUCAAUUUUUAUCCUCGGGAAGAAAAAAAACAAAAGGCGGGGAGAGGAAGCCAUAGCCAACGCGACGGCAAGGCGAGAAAGAAAGAGGAAGAAGAACAGAAUCGCGAUUCGCGGACCCUAGACGAACAGUAGAAGAAGAAGAAGAACCAGAAACCAAAGGAGAAGAUAGGUAGAAAGCGAAUCCCUGCCUGGCUCUGUGUGUGUUUUUCCUGUAGAAAAAAAAAAGACGCAUUAGUCCUCAUUUUCUCCUCCUCUUUAUCCUCCCACUUCCCUUCCUCGUCUCUUCCCCCAUUUUCUUCUUCGUUGGUUGAGCUGCUCUCUCUGCCACCGCAUAGCUCACUCCUCCUCUCUCUCUCUCUCUCUGGCACGGUACGUCUCUUCAUUGGUUUUCUCGCAUAUUCCUCUCUCUCUGUGUGUCGCUUGAUCUGUGACCUGGUUUCUUUGUUUGGAUGGCGAGAAAGUUUGUUUGAGAGAUAAUGAGGAAAUGCUAGGUUGUACUGUGCGCGCCUUCUGAUUUGAUGGUGAAUCUUAUGGUUUUCUUCGUCCAGCUCUGGUUUACGGCUUCGGAGAUCUGAGAUUUGAAGAAUUCCGAUUUUACUCUCUCUCGUUUUCUGUGCUCCUCUCCUAAUUUUUCUGUCCUCCGGUUUCUCGGUUGCCAAGCGCGCAGCUCAUGCAUCCAGUCGUCGUCUCUCUGCCGUCUGUCACGUUCUGGUUGUGGUUAAUUGGUGCGAAGCUUCUCGCAUGUAUCGUUUUUUUUUAGAGGUGCAUUUAACUUCUUUUUUUUUUUUUGUUCGGUCGUCGUCUUGUUCCUUCCGGAUGGCAAAUGCGGUGCGGAGUGAUAGAUCUGAGCUGUGCGGCUCCGCCGUCUGAUUUUUUCUCAAUUGGAAAUCGCUGGGCGGCGGUGCUGAAUUGGCCGGAUGGGGUUACGUCUAGUUUCCUGUUGUUCUUUUGUUUUCUCUAGCUGUAUGGCGAAUCUUCUGGUGGAAAAUGAAAUCCGGGAAACUGUAAUAGAAACGGGAAGAAACAUUUCGGUCAAUUCGCCUAGAGUAAAACCUGCCAUGAUUUAUGGUUUGCCUGUUUUUGGAGGCCGAUUGGCUUCAACUAGAAGUAGUCAAAAUUGCCUCUGUUCUUUUGGCGAGCUCAUUUCUUCAGUAGAUUCAUAUGUCGUAAUGCAUAAGCCACUGAAGAUUCUAAUCUUCCCACUCUCACGUUUUGCAGAAACCCGUUGCCGUGAGUAGUGGUUUGCUUCUCAGAAUUGGAAUUUGAGCUCCGUGUCGAGCUGCUGCUGAUUGUUGGUUCUGAUCCUGGGAUAUCGCCAUGGCUGCUUCUGCUGCCGCUGCUGCUUCUUCAUUAUUUCCUGUUCCUUCCCCAUCUGGGGAUGCCAAGUCCGACAAGCUCGGGCGUGGUUCAGCCAGUUUGGCUGGGCUUAAAUCAAAAUCUGCUAGUUCCGGGGCGUUGCAAGUGAAGGCAAAUGCCCAAGCUCCUCCCAAGAUUAAUGGAACUUCAGUAGGGUAUGCAGCUCCUGCUGAAGUGGUGAAGCAUGGGGCGGAUGGUCCUUCGCAACCACCACCAAGGACGUUUAUCAACACGUUGCCUGAUUGGAGUGUGCUCCUUGCUGCUAUCACAACCAUCUUCUUGGCUGCCGAGAAGCAAUUUACGAUGCUCGACUGGAAACCCAAGCGGCCUGAUAUGCUCAUCGACCCUUUUGGUCUUGGCAGAAUUGUUCAGGAUGGUUUCGUGUUCAGGCAGAAUUUCUCUAUUAGGUCCUACGAGAUUGGGGCGGAUCGUUCAGCUUCUAUAGAAACUGUAAUGAAUCAUUUACAGGAAACAGCCCUCAACCAUGUAAAAACUGCAGGUUUACUUGGCGAUGGAUUUGGUUCCACCCCUGAAAUGAGUAAACGGAACCUGAUAUGGGUUGUCACUCGGAUGCAAGUUCUUGUGGAUCGCUAUCCUACAUGGGGUGAUGUGGUUCAGGUGGACACAUGGGUGACUGGGUCAGGUAAAAACGGUAUGCGUCGUGAUUGGCUUAUUCGUGACUGUAAAAAUGGCGAAAUUCUGACACGAGCCUCCAGUGUCUGGGUGAUGAUGAAUAAACUGACGCGGAGGCUGUCCAAGAUUCCUGAAGAAGUUCGAUCGGAGAUCGAACCCUACUUCCUCAACUCCGACCCUGUUGUCCCUGAAGACAGCAGGAAGCUGCUGAAACUAGAUGACAACUCUGCGGAUCACAUCCGCAAAGGAUUAACUCCUAGGUGGAAUGACCUGGAUGUCAAUCAGCAUGUCAACAAUGUGAAGUACAUCAACUGGAUCCUUGAGAGUGCUCCACUGGCAAUUCUGGAGAGCCACGAGCUCUCGUCCAUGACUCUGGAGUACCGGAGGGAGUGCGGGAAGGACAGCGUCCUCCAGUCCCUGACUGCCGUCUCCGGCAACGGCGUAGGCACCAUAGGCAGUGCCGGCGGCAACGUCGAGUGCCAGCACCUGCUCCGGCUGGAGGAAGGUGCUGAGAUUGUGAGGGGACGGACCGAGUGGAGGCCCAAAGACAGGAACAGCUUCGGUGGUGGUGGUGGCGGCACUCCAGGCCACAUUCCGGCGGGAAACGCCUAGACAGGACGAGAUACAGCUCUCCCUUUCGUCGCCGGUGUGAUACGUGGCGGAAGCCUUCCGUCACCUGCCACCUAGCUCCACCACCGCCACCACCACCUGUAGAAUUCCCCCUCCUCCCCUCUUUUCUUCGUGUCUCGGUCAAAUAUGUUUCAUUCCUUCUUUUUACUUAUUUAUAUAUAAUUAUUAUUUAUAUAUUCGUUUGGCUUAAGAAAGAAGGUGACUAGAGCCCCUCUGUAAUUAUAAGCUCUCUGUGGCGAAAACUCAAACAGUUAACUCUGUUUUUUGUCCGGUGAAAAUGGUUCUCCGUUAGUGGGUGGUGCAGGUGCUGGAAGAAGAACCCAAAACGACACAGCUUCGUGUUCUGAUUUCUGUGGUCUUGAAUCUUGAUCAGACCCGCCUGGUCUGGUCUGGUUUGGUGCCGUCCUUUCUAAAUCAGGGAACUCGUGUAUAUUUUCUUGCCUGGCAUACUUCGUUUCCAAAUUCUAUUAUAUUAUUUCUUUUGUUUCACAAAUGGUUCUCUGGAUAAAGAAUGAAAGGACAUGAAAAAAAAAAAAUGUAGCUCUGUCACAGGUUUCUUGGCGAUUCGACCUGUUUUGAUUUGUUUGGGCAGGUUAUUAACCGACUCGUAGUAGUGCGGGGCAAGACAUGUUUCAUGUUUUGUUCUCGACUUGUACUGUUCUCGCGCUCUGUUCUAUUAUGAUAUGGAUUAAUACAUGAUAUCAUAUCUUCAUUCUAAGAUUCUAUUUACAAUUAUUUAGACUCUAUUAUUCCCUUCUAUUAUAUCUGUUUCAUUUAUGAUGUGUGUUUUUUUUUUGGUCCUCUCAUAAUUGAGUUAAAUAUUAAUCUAUUUUUUUAAAAAUACCAUACAAGAAUGAGCUGACCAGCCAUGCACCCCAUAUCCGAACGAAUAUUACCUGAUAUGACCUACACUUAGUGUGAUAUGAAUAUGGGUAUAUUAGGUACCCGUACCCAUCCGGUUACAUUGCCAUACCUAUUUUCCUGGUUCGUUGCUGGUUGCUUUACUUUUUUUUUCCCUUAUUCGGUGGGUUGUAUUUAUGUUGCGGGUUAUAGCCAUGAUCCUCAUUCCUCCUCCAGCGCAUAGCUAACAUGAUGGCUACUAGUACCGUUUUCUGGAAGGACUGAGGAGGUGACCAUGUGAGAGCAAUAAUGCCCUGAGGAUUUGUAGUGUGUUGUUGUUAGGUAUAAUAUGAAUGCUAACAUCAAUGAUGAUUGAUGGAGGUGGUAAUACGAGUACAAGUAGUAUGAGUUGUUGGAGGUUGGCAAGAAGAUGACUUUCGAGAGUGAGAUACCAUUUGUCCCCCUAUCUUCAAUGCCAGUUGUGAGAGUUUAGUUAGUUGAGAGUUUUGGAGGAUCCAUUAAUUGAUGGUGACGGUGAUGGUACGGUUUUAUAGACGUUCGUUGGUUGAUGGGGUUUGCAUUGUCCGGACGAGUGGAUGAGUGACUUCAGGUAAAUUGGUUUGUUGUACAUUAUAUAAAAAAGGAAGGUUUGUUGUAAGAAUUAGUUGGUUAUCUGGUUGAGGUAUGGUCAAGUUAGUUGCUUCUAGUAUUCCAUGAUUUUUUUUUUUUACUUGGACAUUACAUGUACUUGGAUAUGAAUGUGAAUCCUAAGAUACUAGAAGUCUAGAAGCAAUUUCAUGGGAUACAAUUAUUGGUCUUUUGUUUCACUUGUACAAAAAAACCUAUAGAAGGAUGCAUAUACCAUUUUAAGAAUAGAUGGCUAUGGCCUAGGCCUAUGAAUGGUAUUUCACUCAUAUGAGAGAUACUUUUACCAGAGAUUAACAAGCACCCUUAAAACACUUGUAAAUUCACCUAUUGAUCUUAUAAUAAUUUUUUUUAUAAUAUAUUCUUUAGAUAAACAAAGGUUUACUGGAAAUUAGUGGGCAGCCUAGAUACAAUUUGGACUCCCACUUCUUUAGCGACAACAAAGCUAAAGUCUUGUGAAAAUGUGUUUUGUAACAAGAAACCGAUAAAUUGGUG